AUGGUGUUCGCUAUCCAGGAGAUCAACAACAGCAGUAAGCUGCUGCCGGGCAUCACUCUCGGUUAUCAGAUCCAUGACUCGUGCGGCUCGGUGCCCAUGGCGGUGCGUGUGGCAUUCCAGCUUUCAAAUGGCCUCGAGCCAGUGUUUUACACCGGCAACAACUGUUCGCAAUCUGGUAUGGUGAUGGGUAUCGUUGGGGAGUCUGGGUCCACGCCAUCCAUCAGCAUGUCGCGCGUCAUCGGCUCCUUUAACAUUCCUCAAGUGAGCCAUUUCGCAACUUGUGCAUGCUUAUCCAAUAAGGAGCAGUAUCCGAGUUUCUUCAGAACAAUCCCCAGUGACCAGUUCCAGGCUGAUGCGCUGGCCAAACUGGUCAAACACUUCGGCUGGACUUGGAUUGGUGCUGUCCGCUCGGAUUCGGACUAUGGCAAUAAUGGCAUGGCGUCUUUCCUAGACGCAGCGCAAAAAGAAGGGAUCUGUGUGGAAUACUCAGAAUCUUUCUAUCGGACCCACCCACGUAGCAAGAUCCAGAGAGUGGCUGAUGUUAUCCGCAGGUCAACAGCUAUGGUUGUUGUGGCAUUUGCAGCCUCUGGAGACAUGAAGAUCUUGUUGGAGGAGAUGUCACGGGAGCCUUCCCCACCUCGCCAGUGGAUAGGCACUGAGUCAUGGGUAACAAACCCAGACAUGCUGAGGUUCACCUUCUGUGCUGGAGCCAUCGGAUUUAGUAUUCAGCAAUCAGUCAUCCCAGGUCUGAGAGACUUCCUGCUGGAUCUGCCCAACACUAAAGUGGCUGCAUUCCCGGUGCUGACUGAGUUCUGGGAGGAUGCAUUCAACUGCAGGCUGGGCAAAAGUGCAGCCACAGAGGAGAGUGUGUGUGAUGGAACUGAAGACAUACAAACACUCAAGAGCCCGUACACUGACACAUCUCAGCUCCGAAUCACUAACAUGGUGUACAAGGCUGUUUAUGCAAUAGCACAUGCCAUUCAUAAUGCAGCAUGCCAGAAAACAAACUCUACAACUCAGUGUGACAAACACACCAGGAUAGAGUCCAAACAGGUGCCUGUGUCAGUGUGUACUGACAGCUGUCCUCCAGGAACCCGAAAAGUGCUGCAGAGAGGAAAACCCAUCUGCUGUUAUGAUUGUAUACCAUGUCCUGAGGGAGAGAUUAGCAAUGCCACAGAUUCCCCUGAUUGUUUCCCUUGCCCCAAGGAGUUCUGGCCUAAUGCAGAGAGAAACAAAUGUUUCCCCAAGCCUGUAGAGUUUCUUUCCUUCGAUGAGGUCCUGGGAAUCAUCCUGGCUGCUUUCUCAGUUGGUGGUGCCUGUCUCGCCAUGAUAACAGCGGCUGUGUUCUUUCGUCACAGGACGUCCCCGAUUGUCAGGGCCAACAACUCUGAGCUGAGUUUCCUGCUGCUCUUAUCAUUGACUCUAUGUUUCUUAUGUUCAUUAACUUUCAUGGGAGCGCCCUCUGAGUGGUCCUGCAUGCUGCGCCACACAGCGUUUGGCAUCACUUUCGUCCUCUGCAUCUCUUGUGUUCUUGGGAAAACUAUAGUGGUGUUAAUGGCCUUCAAAGCCACACUUCCUGGUAGUGAUGUCAUGAAAUGGUUUGGUCCUCCACAGCAAAGAAUGACCGUAGUGUCCUUCACAUUUAUACAAGUUUUAAUAUGUAUUAUUUGGUUGGUUCUUAGUCCCCCUUUUCCAAUGAAAAACCUAACGAUAUACAAAGAGAAAAUCAUCCUGGAGUGUGCAUUAGGCUCAGCUAUCGGGUUCUGGGCUGUGCUCGGGUACAUAGGCCUACUGGCUGUCUUUUGCUUCGUGUUAGCUGUUCUAGCUCGGAAACUACCUGAUAAUUUUAAUGAAGCCAAGUUCAUCACCUUCAGCAUGUUGAUAUUCUGUGCAGUCUGGAUCACCUUUAUCCCAGCAUAUGUCAGCUCUCCUGGGAAAUUUACUGUGGCUGUGGAAAUAUUUGCCAUUCUGGCUUCAAGUUUUGGACUAAUUUUGUGUAUAUUUGCUCCGAAGUGUUUCAUCAUAUUGUUUCAGCCAGAGAAGAACACCAAGAAACAUUUAAUGAACAAAAAUUAUGUGAAGAAAAAGAAAGAACUAAGUUUGGAGGGAGGUGUGGUGAGAGAACAAGAGAGUAUCACAGAAAGACUGAAUGGUUUGGGGAUACAGGGAGCGAGUGCUUUUGAUUCUCAUUUACCUCCAUGUGUGAAACUGAUAGACAGUGAGUCUGUGGCCCUGCAGGCAGAAGGGGAUUUUGUGAUUGGUGGGUUUUUCCCUCUGCAUUAUGUGGCCCCUAAGCCACAGCACAGCUACUCCAGCAAACCUCAGCUCACACCUUGCAGCGGCUUUGACCACAGAGCCUUCCGCUGGAUGAUGACCAUGGUGUUUGCAGUGGAGGAAAUUAAUCGUGAUUCAAGCCUGUUACCAGGUGUUAAACUGGGCUACCGGAUCAUGGACAGCUGUGACCAUGUCCACACCAGCAUGCAAGCUCUUUUUUCCUUAAUCAGCCACUCAAAAGGUGUGACAGCUCCGGUGAAACAAAGAGAGGAAACUGGAAACAGAUUAAAUAUGGCAAAGGACAAAGAGGAGAGAAUGGAUACGAGUAUACAAUGUGAGACUUUGCCCUCAUGUCUGACUGGUUCUCCUGUGCCUGCUGUGAUUGGCCUUGCAUCCUCUUCCCCUACAAGAGCUGUAGCUCACACUCUUGGCCCUUUCAACAUCCCACUGGUGAGUUAUUUUGCCACUUGUACCUGUCUGACUGACAAACAUGUGUACCCAUCAUUCUUGCGGACUGUGCCGAGUGAUCUCUUUCAAGUUAGAGGCCUGGUGCAGUUGGUCACUUUCUUAGACUGGCUCUGGGUGGGAACAAUAGGGACCACAGAUGACUACAGUCAGUAUGGCAUCCAAGCUUUCUCUAAUCAGUUUAGACAGCAAGGUGGGUGUGUGGCAUUUCAUCUGACUAUCCCCAAAUCACCCACAGCAGCUCAGGUACAAGAAAUGGCAGACAGGCUGCAGAGUUCAACUGCACAGGUCAUGGUGGUCUUUGCCACAGAGGGACAGCUCCUGGAUCUGCUCUUAGAGCUGGCUCAUAGAAAUGUGACAGGGAUCCAGUGGGUAGCGAGUGAAGCUUGGGUGACCGCCAGCCUGCUGACCUCACCGGGCUUCCAACCUCUCUUAGAGGGCACGCUGGGCUUCUCCUUCCCUGGAGUCAGAAUCCCUGGCUUGAAAGAGUUCUUGUUGAAUGUGCGCCCCUCUCCCGAACCAGGGAUGGAAUUUGUGAACAUGUUCUGGGAAGAGCUGUUUGACUGUAGGCUAGACUUUGGAGGAAACAGGUCCAAAGAAAAUGAAGCACAUACUGUGGAUAACUUGAUGGGAUUGGAUGAUUUUGGUUACAGCCCAGACUCUCAAAAUAAUUCUUGGUCCUUGGUUGGGCGUUUUGCAGGACAAAAGAGCACAUUUAAAGGGUCAGACAGUGAAAAGCCUGUAUGCACAGGUUCAGAGGAUCUGAGGUACACUGACAGCAGUUUUACUGAUGUAUCUCAGGUCAGAAUAUCCUACAAUGUGUACAAAGCUGUAUAUGCCAUCGCCCAUGCUCUGCACGAUUUACUGAACUGUGAAUCUGCAGAACUUAAGAAGGGAAUCUGUGAGAAACAGAAAUCAUUCACUUCUAGGCAGUUGCUGGAUCAUCUAAAGACAGUAAAUUUCACUAACCAGUUUGGGGAGAAGGUAUAUUUUGACUCCAACGGAGAGCCGGUCCCUCUGUAUGACAUCAUUAACUGGCAGAAGGACAGCAAGGGUGAAAUUAGAUUUAUCAAAGUGGGAAGCUAUGAUGGUUCGGCUCCACUGGAACAGCAGUUGCAGAUGGAACAGAGCACCAUUGUAUGGACAAAAGGCCAGUCACAGGUGCCUGUAUCUCAGUGCAGUGCUCCAUGCCCCUCUGGUAGCAGGCAGGCCAGACGUCGACGAGAGCCUCACUGCUGCUUUGAUUGUUUGCCCUGCGCCGAUGGAGAGAUCAGCAACCAGACUGGUUCCACUGAGUGCACUAAAUGUCCUGAAUUUUACUGGUCAGACAAAGACAAGGUGAAGUGUAUUGCCGGCGUUGAGGAAUUCCUGUCUUUCUUCGACACCAUGGGCAUCAUCCUGGUCAUACUCACCCUGCUGGGUGUUGUCCUGACAACCAUCAUCACGACCGUCUUUCACCGUUUCCGCUUUACGCCCAUUGUCAAGGCCAACAACUCAGAAAUAAGUUUCUUACUUCUCCUGUCACUCAAACUCUGCUUCUUGUGUUCCCUGGUGUUCAUUGGCCGGCCGUCUGCGUGGACAUGCAGGCUCCGCCAGGCAGCAUUUGGGAUCAGCUUUGUCCUCUGUCUGUCCUGCCUCCUUGUUAAGACCAUUGUAGUUCUCUUGGCUUUCCAGUCAAAUGUACCUGGUUCCAGGGCUCUGAAGUUGUUUGGGCCGUCUCAGCAGAGGACUCUCAUCCUCUGCACUACAGCUCCUCAGGUUUGUCUCUGUGCUGGUUGGUUGUUGGGCGCACCUCCCUUCCCAUUCAGGAACCCGACCUAUCAAGCCACAACUGGAAAAAUUGUUGUGGAGUGUAAGGAGCCAUGGCCUCCUGGAUUUUACCUGGUCCUGGGCUACAUCGGCCUACUGGCCUUCCUCUGCCUCCUCCUGGCUUUCCUCGGACGCAAGCUACCUGAUACGUUCAAUGAGGCGAAGCUCAUCACCUUCAGCAUGCUGAUCUUUUGGGCCGUGUGGAUCUCUUUCAUCCCAGCUCAUGUCAGCUCCCCUGGGAAGUUCACUGUGGCUGUGGAAAUAUUUGCAAUAUUAGCCUCCAGUUUUGGACUGUUAUUGUGUAUUUUUGUGCCCAAAUGUUACAUAAUCUUACUGCGGCCUGAAAGAAACAUUAAGAAAGGCAUGACUGGAAAAUAUCCCAGAUGA